CCUUCCUGCCGGCCCGGCGGAGGGCGCGUUCCGCCGAGCGAGCCAGCCCGGCUCGUAGGAACACAGGGAUCGUCUAUGCACUGCAGUUUCUCUCGCCUCUCUCUCUCUCUCUCUCUCCCUCUCCUUCUCCUUCCCUCCCUCUCUUCCUCUGCUCCCGAGGAUAUUUUGGGUGGAUUGUGGUUAUCAAUCAAGACCUCCUCUUCUUUGCUGAUCACUUGUCAUUUUCACCGGGGAUUAGUAUCGUUCGGGGCAAGCGGACAACUAAAAAUUUUUUUUUUCCUUUCUUCUUUUCCGCGUCUGGAGAAUUUCCCCCCCCAAACCUCCCUCUCCCCCACCAUCUUUUUUUGGUGGUGUGGUUUUUUAUUUUUGGUUGGUUUUUUUUUUUUUUUUUUUUUUUUUUGCGCUGCGGUGCGGGUGUUAGGACCCGGCAAGCACACUCCCCCCGGCCCCCCCCGCAGCGCUUUCCCAGCACCAGGAAACCCCUCCGGACCGUCGCUCGCCGGAUACUUGUGCGGGAAGCCGGGAUCUGGCCCUCGGCGGCGCGCUGGGCGCGGAGCUGCCCGCGGGCGGCGCGGGGGCCCCCAGGCCGGCCGCCCCCUUCCCCCCUCCCCCCCCCAGCCGCACCUGGAUGGUACCUCCCGCUGGCGACGCGGGCACUUUCUGAACUAGGAAGGAAGGGGCGACUCGGGGGGGGCGGGGGGGGCCGCCGAAGUCUGUAUGGAAUUACCUGCGCCCGCGGCGGAGCUGGCAGCGGUGGAUGGAUGGGCAUCGCGUCCGCGGCACUCGCGGCCAGCUCAGCCCCAGGAGUAAACACGGGGCUUCUCCGGCCGAGUACGCAGUGUGGUGACCGGCACUCGCCUCGCUGACUGAUCGCACCGGAGGGAUAUUUCGGGAGACUCCUGUGGGAAGCAGUCACAGAAAGACAGAAGAUGAAAGCUCCUAUUCCCAACUUGAUUCUCUUGUAUGCUACUCUAACUCAGAGCUUGAAGGUUGUGACCAAAAGGGGAUCAGCUGACGGUUGCACUGACUGGUCUGUGGAUUACAAGAAAUAUCAAGUUCUAGUGGGAGAACCUGUUCGUAUAAAAUGUGCACUCUUUUAUGGAUAUAUUAGAGCUAAUUACUCCCUAGCCCAAAGUGCUGGACUUAGCUUGAUGUGGUACAAAAGCUCUGGACCUGGAGAUUUUGAGGAACCUAUAGCUUUUGAUGGAACCAGAAUGAGCAAAGAAGAAGACUCCAUUUGGUUCCGACCAACAGUGGUACAAGACAGCGGGCUCUAUGCAUGUGUUAUAAGCUCUUCGGACAAAAGUGCUGUUGGAAGUGAGGAUAUUAUGCAUCAGCUUCUCCUGACUACUUGCAUGAAGGGAACAGUUUCCUUAAGACUCCAAUUCCCUACCCCUGUAUCAAUAACAAGAUUUUUUUUCGCUUGGGAAAUUGAAAGCCUCAGAAAUUUUUAUGAGCAAAUUCAGUUUCCUGAAGAGCUACUCCGACACCAUCAGGCAAAAAGAAAAAUUAAGGCUAGGAGCUUGGGAAGACACACCCUUAAAGAUUUGGUGGGUUUGGAAGAAAAUGAAUAUGCAAAUAUGGAAAGAAAGAAUGUACCCUACCUUAAUCUCACUGAAAUGAUGCUGUCCUGUAAGUUUACUGCCCAAGCACCACUAACAGAUAAACCACCAAAGCUUUUACAUCCCUUGGAGACUAAGCUAACAAUUCAGGAGACCCAAUUAGGUGGUUCUGCUAAUCUAACCUGCCGAGCUUUCUUUGGAUAUAGUGGAGAUGUCAGUCCUUUGAUCUACUGGAUGAAAGGGGAGAAGUUCAUUGAAGAUUUAGAUGAUAGUCGAGUCUGGGAAAGUGACAUUAGGGUUCUCAAGGAACAUCUCGGGGAGCAGGAGGUUUCCAUCUCAUUGAUUCUUGACUCUGUCGAAGAGGCAGACCUGGGCAAUUAUUCAUGCUACGUCGAGAAUGGAAAUGGGCGCCGACAUGCCAGCAUUCUUCUACACAAAAGGGAGCUGAUGUACACAGUUGAGCUUGCUGGUGGGCUUGGUGCUAUUCUGCUGCUGCUUGUUUGUUUAGUGACUAUCUACAAGUGUUACAAGAUAGAGAUUAUGCUCUUCUACAGGAACCAUUUUGGAGCUGAAGAACUAGAUGGAGACAACAAAGACUAUGAUGCGUAUCUAUCUUAUACCAAAGUGGAUCCUGAUCAGUGGAAUCAAGAAACUGGAGAAGAAGAAAGAUUUGCUCUUGAGAUCCUACCAGAUAUGCUUGAAAAGCAUUAUGGAUACAAGUUGUUCAUCCCAGACAGAGAUUUGAUUCCCACAGGAACCUACAUUGAAGAUGUGGCAAGAUGUGUAGACCAAAGCAAGCGACUGAUCAUCGUCAUGACUCCAAGUUAUGUGGUAAGAAGAGGUUGGAGCAUCUUUGAACUGGAAACAAGGCUUCGAAAUAUGUUAGUCACGGGAGAAAUCAAAGUGAUACUGAUUGAAUGCAGUGAACUACGAGGAGUUAUGAACUACCAGGAGGUCGAGGCCCUAAAACAUACCAUCAAGCUCCUCACUGUCAUUAAAUGGCACGGACCAAAGUGCAACAAGUUGAAUUCCAAGUUCUGGAAACGUUUACAGUACGAAAUGCCUUUUAAGAGGAUUGAACCCAUCACAAAUGAGCAGGUUUUAGAUGUCAGUGAGCAGGGGCCCUUUGGGGAACUGCAGACAGUCUCCGCGAUUUCCAUGGCUGCUGCCACCUCUACUGCUCUUGCCACUGCCCAUCCAGACCUGCGCUCCACCUUUCAUAACACAUAUCACUCACAGAUGCGCCAGAAACACUAUUAUCGAAGCUAUGAAUACGAUGUACCUCCUGCCGGCACCCUGCCGCUUACCUCAAUAGGUAACCAGCACACCUACUGCAACAUCCCUAUGACACUUAUAAACGGGCAGCGGCCGCAGACAAAAACUAACAGGGAGCAGAACCCAGAAGAGGCUCACACAAACAGUGCCAUACUGCCCCUCCUGCCACGGGAGACCAGUAUAUCCAGUGUCAUCUGGUGACCGAGAUGCAAGGGGCCAUCGACCCCCUUGAAUAGGAGUAGAGUCUGCAGUCUGGUGCCUGGAACUACAUCCUCGACUGCUGCUGUUAAACAUGCAUUACAAUCGAUAACAUACGAGGAAAAACAGGGUCUUGUACAUAUGUUUUUGCAAUUUCUUUGUAGCAUCAGUCUUCCUGUUUUACCCAUGUCUCUUCUCAUUCACAUUUUUGACUUUGUUUUAUAUGUCAUUAGAAUUUGUAUAUUUACAUUUUUUUAAAAGAAGAGACUGCUGUAUAGAUAGGAAACUUUUUUGCUUCAUUAGUAUAGUUUUAGUUUUUUUGUUUGUUCGUUUUUAACCUCUCUUGGGAAUGCUUGGACAAAGCUAUGUUGAUAUCAGAAGCACCAUCCAUUUUGUUGGCCUGCCUAGCCUGAUUCCUGAAGGCCAUGCCUGCUGCAGCUCACUUCUUUUGGAGAGUAUUUGUUUUUAGAAGGACCCCAUCCCUCAUUGAGAGCUCCACUUUCAUUUCUACUCCCGUAAUGUGCACUGCUCCUCCCCUGCCCUUACAAAGACCCCAAUUUGGGGUAACACUACAGUCUGAUCAUCUAACAUGUAACUUGGUAGAUACCUGCCAAACCACAGAAUAUACCCAAUCUGUAUUGGUUGCUUCACAGUAGUCACUACAGAGUGUGUAGAAACUAGAGCCGGUUUGUUUUUUGUUUUCUUGGGUUUGUUUUUUAAUUAUUAUUUUAUGAAUGAGUUGAUUGUAUUCCUUUUAUAAAUAUAAAAGCAAACCCUAUUUUUAACACAUUCUGGAAAAGUAUCAAUGUGGUUGUGGAUUUUAUUUUUCAAGCAUUUAUUUUUUUUCUUUUCCCCCUUUCAAAAUCCUGCAAAUGACGUCAUUUGCAGAUGUCAGGCAAGUAAGACAAGUGAGGCAAUAGGCACUGAAGUGCAGAGAGUCCUGCUGAUAUGUACAGUGAUGACUUCCAAACCAAAGGGGAAUAAAAAGACAGUGUUGUAGACGGUUUGUCAUUUUGUAUUAUAGAAAGUGUUAUUUUCAAAAAAAGUAAGAGCAAAACAUUAUUUUGCUGUGGAUUACAGAGUCCCCUUGUAUUUUAAUGUUCAAAAAAAUUGUAUUUGCUUUAAAAUGCUAUAUUCAGGAUUAAGAACUCUUCUUUCAUUUGGUUUUAGCUUGUAACGAUAAAUAAAACUUUAUUAAUUUCAACAUGAUUUCAGUAAGAACUCAGGCAGAAAAAAUGACAUGAUACCAGAAAUAUAAUUGUUUUCAGAAUAAACUUUAUUUAUACAAAAUUAAUAUUUAAAUCAGACCUGGAAGUAUUAAAAAGAAUUUAUUCACUUUAAUGAAUAAAUAAAUUAGUUUUAUUUUUAUGUAUGAUUCUAUCUUUGAGGAGUUGCAAAUAAUGCAUGUACCAUGGCUGACAGGGAAGAAAAAAACCCCACCACUGUGUUUACAUCCGGACAUCUUUAAGACCAAGCACCUUGCUCAUAUUUAUGUUUUAAAUAAUGGAAAAGUUCUUUCUGGUUUUAGAAAGAGAGAAGAGUGGUGCAGCUCUCCAACAUAUUCAGGCUAAGCUCUCUGCUAGUCCCUCCUAGCAGAAGCAGAAGUAGAGUUGCUGGCUGCAGCACACUGUCAUGUAGUCAUGGGUCUGAUUUACCCUGGCAGAAAUGUAACUGGUGUCCUGGCAAACAGGCCUUAUGGUCUAUUUAUGUAAUUAAUUAGCUUUAGGUAUUUUUAUGGCAGCUGAAUGAUAUUGGCCAAUAUAAUGAAUGUGUGGGGUUUGUUCAUCCUGAUUGUCACAACGAGAAAAGUAUAGCUUAUAAUAUUUUGGUCUUCUUGAUGAGAAGUGAGCGAGGCAACUGCAGUUUGGGGGAUGUUUGUGGGAGUAAUCCAGAACUGACAGUGUGGGAGGAAAUGACUAUGCUCCUGUUGUGAAAGUCAAGAAAUCUCAGUAUCUGCAUGAGAAGCUAAUAGACCUUUGAGAUGUGCACUGAUUUUUAUUUGCUAGAAAUGUUUAUUUCUCCACGAUUUUGCUCAAGCCCUUUUCUACAAUCUGUUCUUUAUUAUGGUGUCUCUGUCUGGACAUGUGCCAAACAUCCACAAAAUGGAAAUGAAGCUGCCAAGUCAGAUAAAAUUUUAAGAGACUUUUGCACAUUUGGUUAUUUUCAUAGUGUAAGAAAACUAUUAUUUAUUUGCUCUUACAGACACCUGUCAAGCACUGAUGGGAUUUUCCUUCAUUCAUCUGGUUGCCAAAUACCCCAAUAUCCUCUGAAAGCAAUGCAUUAUUGUUUUCGCCUUUCCCUCGCCUUUCUAUGCCCUGGGGUAAAGAUUGGGAUGUGGAAUAAAUGUAGGAUUUAAUUAUUUGACCACAGUUACUUUCAGACAAUUGCUAGGUGUUUUCUUAGCCACAUUGGAAGUACUUUUAUGUUAUUCUAUUUUUAGUGUAGAUUUAAGCACUUUGAAAAGCAUGAUUCAGGGAUUGACAGAUAUUAUUUGAUAUUCACACUACUUAAAAAAAGUUUUUCUUAUAGUGCUUUCUCAUAAUCUCAAAUAUAAGAAAAACAAACAAACAAACAAAAAAAGAAAUAAAAGGAGAAGCUGUCUAUGGCUUUAGAAAAAUUCCUCCUUAGUAUUCCUCUUCUGUGAACAGCUCGAUGUGGGGAACAGGGAAAGAAACUGUUGUGUGCUCACGUGCUCUUUCUUGGACAAAAAUUCUAUUGGAACGCAAAAUAAAAUGGACAAAAAAACCCCAAAACAAAACCAACAAAAACUGUCAUUGCCCUAGUGCUUAGGCUCCAUCAUUUUAGGUGAAAGUAUUCCAGUUUCUGACAAUGCAGCCUGAACUGUGCAUGCAAUAGCCACAUAUAAGGUUUAGCCAUAAGCAAAUAGCACUUUAUUUUGAAAACUGCACAGUGUGAUGAUCAGAAAAACUUACUCUGCCUGGUCAGUAACUUUGGGUCUGUAUGCGGUUUCUAUGCACGUGAAUUAUCCAAGUGUGGUGCUCCAUCUUUAUAAGACUCUCUCUAAUCAGGGUAGUCUUUGUUAUAAAACUAAAGGACUUUGUUGCACAACUUGUGUAAAUUCAGUAUAUAGGCUCUCCAGACAGCAUUUAUAGCUGGACAGAAACGGGAGACUGUAUAGUAUGCAGCUAAUUAUUUUGAAGGCAAAGUGUGUUGCUGGGUCAGACUCUGUUCUCAGUUGCAGCAGCAUGAUUUGAGAGUAAAUCUAAUAAAGUUGAAUGAGUGCAAGAUUGAUUCCUGUGGGAGAGGAAAAUUGGAAAAGCAAAGAGAAAAGGAAUUCAUAUUUGCAGUUGGGACAAGCUGAAAUCUUGGCUGCAAGGAAAGCAGCAGCAAAUGUCUUCUGAAUUUUAGUAGAGACCCAGUUCUCACCUGGCAGCCAACAUCAAACACUUUCAAUAUGAUCUGGUUCAGAGCUAAAUACUGUUAGGCUUAGAUGCAAACUAAGAUUUUUCUAUUACUGCACAGCUGUGAAAACCAUGUGUGUGUUACAUAAUGGGUGAUAAUCAGCUUCAAAAUAAUUGGAAAGCUUGUUAUACCCAACUGAUAAAAAUUCACGAAUUUUUAUUUGGAUAUUGAGCAUUAAUGACACAUUUAAAUUAUAGAUAAAGCAGUGAGAUUUGGGGAAAACUGGCCUGGUAAACAGGAUUUCUUCAUUUUUAAAUUAAAAAAAAAAUUAGAGAGAAAAAAAAGAAGAAGAAAAUGUCAAGCUAGCAAGCCUAAGGAAAGUUUAAUUAAAAUCCAAAGAAGAAAAAAAAUCACAGCAGUAAAGUAAGUUCAAAAAUAAAAAGAGGCCAAUGGAGAAUAAAGAGCAAAAUACCCACCUGCUUUUUGACUGUAUUGUGGUUUCUUUUGUCAUGCAAAGCUCUGUACUCUGGCUGACCUACAUCAAGCAACUGGCUUUUUUGGAGGCCAUCCAGAUAGACCAGCAACACAAAUAUGUCCCUGUACAUCUAGUACGCUUCUGAAUGAUUUUUUUACUUGUUGAUAGUUUAGCACAGAGAGAUUUUUGUUUGCCUUCUAUUGUGAUAAAGAGGAUGGCAGAAAUCUGCCAGUGCUAAAAAAAUCUCCGUAACAGACUUAGGUUAUUAUCUAGAGUAACUAUGUUCCUUAACACCCACCCGUUAUCUGAUUUGCUGUUAUUAGAACACUUUUUUAACCCAGUUCUCAGCUGAGAAAUAGAUUAAUGUUGCUGGCAACAGAAAAAAUGUAAGCAAUCUCAUAACAACAAGUCUCCUUGUAUAAUGAAUGCUGCAAGUUCCCUUGCAUUUUUUUUUCGUAUAAACACAUCUCCUGACCUCCUAAAUAGCCCACUGAGUGGAGGCUAAAGAACACCAUUGUGUCUUUUAAUUUCAAAUUCAUUUAAUUUAGUAUGGACACUGAGCUGUUGUUUUUGAUGUAAUUUUCCUGGGCUAUUUUCCAUUGGCUCUGGCUAUAUCCUCCAAGAAGAUGUGUUGGCAGCAUCACACUUCUCCACAUACCCUUGACUUGAUGUUUCAAAACUCAGAGCCGUUGCCCUGGGGAGCAAAAUUGAUAGAAAUAUUUCAGCUGUUAAGAGUUUUCCUAUGCCUAAUGUUUGUUUAGCUUCUGCUUAAGACAAAGUUAAAUCUUUGUUCUGGAUUAAUAAGCUCUGUGGGUAGAAGGCCUAGAGUCCACAGGGUCAUGAAGCAGUCAAAGAAGAAAUUACAAAGGCAGGUCUGAUACCUUCUUUGGAAAACAUAGAAAUUCUGGAGCUGUUCAGAUUACUAAAAAAAUUAGUACAUUUUGAUUGAGGGCUCUUAAAGGGAAGUAUUUAGCUUGUAAUUACAAACAGCCUCAUUUCAAAAGCUUAUUACCAUUCUUACAGUAAAUAUACAAUACCUUAAAUAACAUAAUUUCAGAAACAUUUAAUAGUCAAUUAAAAAUAUUUUUAUUUGGGGGGAUUAAAAGCAACGUGAUUGUCUACAAUCUAAAUGUUAAAUAAAAUAGAUUAUCUAGUACUGAUCUUACGGGAACUACAAACAUUGCUGGGUCACUAGCAUUGGAAAAACAAUUUGAAGUAAAAUUUGAGAGCUAAGAAUUUGAUGAGGAUUUUAUUGACAUUUUUAUAAAGACAUGUCUCUUAACCAUCAAAAUAUGACAAAAGGAACACACAAAUUAUUAAAAAAAUAAAAAUUAUGAGCUUUUUAACCUUCUCUUUCUCUCUUUAUCAAAUAUCAGCUCUUCUUAAAAAUACAAAAUUAUUCAGGAAAAAUUAAUUCUUAUCAAGCCCAUACUCUCAAACACACUCAGUGACAGAUAAAGAAGUGCAAGCCAGAGGGAGGGGCUCCACUGCAUUGCUGUGACUGAGAAGUUCCACAAUGGGGAGAACAUGUGUGCCUGUGCACAGAGAAGGAGAGCCCAGGCCCCUUUGGCCUCGUGUUUUGUUACUCCUAUGUCAGGUGGGUGCAGAAGGAGCCAUAGACUCAAAUAUCACCACUGCCCUACAUGUUAUAGGCAGCACACAGGGAAGGUGGGUAGUAAGUCUUGAUGUUAAUGACAGCAAACUUGAGAACUAUUAGAUGUCGAGGAUACUCUAUUGCAAAGCAGCCGGAAGAGCGGAAACAGCUCUGAAACUGUUUUUCACUUGUUCCACGUGCAAAGUAAAAGGCAGCAUUGAGCAGAGAAAGAGGUCAGCUUACUGGGUUAGUGUGCAAUCCACUAACAGGAAAUUCCCAUCUCAAUCAGCUAACACCACACCUGAGCACUCUCACAGAAAUUUCCAUCCUAUCCUAUCCUAUCCUAUCCUAUCCUAUCCUAUCCUAUCCUAUCCUAUCCUAUCCUAUCCAUCUACCUGGCAGACUGCAUUAGAAGUAAAAGCACUCAAAGCUUGCCGUGAGCCCUCAGGAUGAGCUACACAUGAAAACUCCUUGCAGAGAUGUUUAGGGUGACUAGAUGUCUUCUCUCCUAAGAAGAAACUUACAAGAGCAAAGUUUUGAUUUGUAAAAAGUUCGGGGUUUUUUUUUGUUCUCAGCACACCGUUUUUUCAAAUCCACUUAGAAUGCUCAUAUGGAGCAACAUCUUGAUACUAUUCUGACCCUCUUUGAGGUAAAAAGAAAGUCUUGACAAUGUCAGUUAUUAGCUCAAAAUACACCAUUAAGCUGCAGAGUCUGCAUACACACUUGAAAAACCAAAAUAAAUAAAGAAAAGCAAAUUAGCAAUGCAAUUACUAAAACUAUUUAAACCUGGUUUUAGAAAUUUCUUUUUCAGGGAAGAUUGUUUUCUCCUGAUGUUUUGUAGGAAGUUAUGUAAGAGACUUUUAAAAAUUUUCUCUCCAUUCUUUGCAUGGCAGGUAAAUCACAGAGAGAUUUGUUUAGGAAAUCCCACUCUUCAUUGUAAGUUUAAAACUCAGGUGGCAAUGAAUUUGCAGACAUAGAAGAAGUUGUUUCCCAGAGUUAAUACCCUCUGGUGAACAGCUCACUGCAGCCCUAAUUGAGUUCUUAGGAACAUUUCAGUAGAAAAUGUAAACAAUUAGUGUCAUAUGUUUACCUUCAGCAUCACAUUAGAACAUUGUACAUUUAUCUUCUUAAGACCCAGGCAACUUCAAAUGGAACAAUUAUGUAAAUACAAAGCAGUGAGGAGAACAGCGACACAACUGUCUCUCCACCUAUCUUAGCAAAAUAGUUCAAUGACAUCAGGCUCCUUCUCUGAGAUCACUAACCUAUGCCUACCUCAGCAAAAUACAUGAAUCUGCAAAAUGUGCACAUAUCCAGGAAAAAAUUGUUGCAAUAAGCACUCUCAAAUCUGUUAUACCACAAAAAGCACUUUAUGCAAUUUUAUUCCUAUACAUAUGUAUUUUAACUUGUAAUCAUUUAAUCAUAGAACCAUAAAACAAAAUAAAAUAUGUAGCACUCUCAUAAAAAAAUCAAGAAAGUCCCAAAAAUCUGGGUUUAUUCAUAGGAUGACAUUUCCCAUGUGCUUUAAGAAGAUGAUGAACUUGUAACCAGUCCAUUGCUAGGGGCACUAUGACACAGGUACAGAGCUAGGGAUGACACAGGGUGAGUGACACAGGGUGGGAGAAGUAUAGACAAGAUGUUUGCUGGUCAUGUCAUGACCAGGUAGGUGUACUCAACUAGUUCUCAUUUAGUCCUGCUGUCACGGGAGAUUACGGAUGUCUUUUGGCUGUAGGUCACUAAAUAACCGAAUUUACCAGGUACUUCCUUCACCACCUGUUUGCUACUUGAAGCUAUUUGUUAGAGGUAGGAAACAUGUUUUUCUAGGUCAUAGAGUCUACCUGAAUCUAUGUGAAUAUCUGCCAGAGUUCCUAUCUGUAAAUAAUUAGUGUCAGCACAGUUCACCUCAUAUUUUCUCCUCUUCCCUUUUCACUCUUCUAAACAAAAGAGAUUGUGAACAGCUGUCAGGGCCAUAUCACAAAUACCAUUCCUACACUUUUUUUUUAAAUUGUUAUUAUUGUUAGGUGUUUGAAGAGUGAGAAGCAUUGGCAAAGACUCUAUCUGCUUGAAAUGACACUUGCCAAGUUGUUCUUUAGGGAAUGUUGAAGAAAAUUCCCCGUUUAGUCACCUUGGGCACCUUACCUGCUAUACUACUUUCAAGAUCCCCUCAAACACCAAUCUAGAGCAUAAGGGGUUGGAGACAGACUGACAUGCACAUGCUUAUAAAUUUCAAGAAUAUUUUCAUUACAUGUAGUUCCUUGAAUUGUGUUCUUGUUUGUUGUGCUUUGCUUUGCUUUAUUUUAAUUUUCUUUAUUUCAUAAGGACACAUCAGGACUGAGAUACUAUUGCACUACAUUAGUUUAGUGGUGGCAUAGCCAUAUUAGAAUGGAGUGGAAGUACAGAGAACAGGAGUAAAGUAGUCAUAAACUAGGCUGAAAUCUCCUACCUGUGCACAGAGCAGCUGGAUCUCCUUAGCUCCCAGUUCAGUCAGUUCUCCACUUCACAGGCAAUCCAGCAAAGAGGUUUUGUAAGGGAAGAUGAUGCUUUCAGGUGCCAUUACAAAUGCAGUCUCAGGCAUAGUGAGUCUGAUGUCACAUUCUCACUGAGCAAUGAGCCUUCUUUGAAAAACCUGAAGUUCCCUUCUCAUUUCAACCUUCUGAUUGCUAUCUAUUAGCUUUUUAAGGUUCUCCAAAGACUCAAAUAAUAAAAUAAAAUAAAAUAUUUUAAAACGUUUUAAAAUAUUUUAAAAUAACGGUGAAUCUAUGUAAAUGUAGGAAAUCAUCACUGAUUGUUUUAAAUAGCUGACAAGAACACAGAUAUCUGCCCCUUUUUCCUGUAACUCUUCCUGUUCUUCUGCUCUAGAGAGUCAUCGGCUGUAACUUAUUUUAUGUGCCCCAUAAAAAUAUGAUCUAAGGGGUUUUUUAUUAUAUUAGUCAGCAAAAUCAUAAAUAGUUUAAUCUAAUAUCUUCAUCAUAAAUGUUUGCAGAUUUUUAAUGGUCUUUAUUUUAUAUCUGUUCAGCAGCUAAUAAAGUUCAAGUCAGCAGCUGCCCAGUGCUGGGCAGUGGUAAAGCAGCCAACAGAGUUAGUGAGUCAAGGAUGCUAAAAGACAAAAUAUAAUCUUAGCUCGUACAGUAAAAUGGAGUUAAAUUAUCCUUCCAACAUUGCAUCUAGAUAUCCACUGCUGUGACUCACAGUAAUUUUGAGUGGCACAUCAAUUUUGCAAGAACAGUGCACUAUUAAUUCUGUGCAGCUACCAAUGCCGUGUUGCUAUUCAUAAUAUAUAAGCUUAAGCAUAUGUACCAUUUAAUAAGUAAAUAUUUUUAUCAGCAUCCUGCACUUUCUUCAGAUAACAAGAAAACAAAAAGACCAAAAAGAUCUUUAAAAGAAAGAAUAUGUGUCUAGUUGCAAUACUAGAAGAAAAAUGUCACCGCCUUCUCUUUCACAAAAAAAGCUGCAAAAGUAAUACAAAUAAAGAAACAAAAGUCUGUGGAAAAUUGUUUGAUUCUAAUGUCAGCUGCGGCAUCUUUUUUACCAGCUAGAAUUUGUCUAGCAGAUUUAAUUUCUUUUAAUUUUAUUCUGUUACUUUAACCAUGUCAGGAGAAGCUGACUGCCCUUAAGCAGAGUGCACAACACAACUCAAGCAAUAAGAGUCCUUUCUUGGAAACACAGUGUUUAAAGUUAAUAGCUGGAUAAGCAUCUUGAUUAAGCACUUUGUUAAUAAAGCUCUCAGCUGGCCUUCCGUAAUCCUGAGAACCACCACAGUAGAAAUGCUCUGUAGCUCCUAUUGAAUACAUUCGCAUAAAAUGAAUAUGUAAAUGUAUACUUACUAUCUUUUAAUCAUUUUGCAUUGAUAGAAUGAAACAAGGAAGUGCCAUGCUAGGUUUUGGGACCUUUCAUCUUAAUUUGCUUAAUAGUUUGUAAAAGUAAAAAAUAUUUCUACUGAAAUCAGCAGAAUUAACGUUGUGUAUAACUGGUGCAAAAAAAGGAGCAGAAUCAGGCCGAGAAUUUCUGAACAUAAAUUUUUGUCUAUUCUACAAUUUAAUUGAAGAUUCAGCAUCACUGCCUUUUCCAGGUGUCCAUUACUAUUGCCAUAUAAACCAUAGAUUAACAUAUGCAUUCUUGUCAAGGUUUUCUUUAAGGCUACAGAUAUGACUAUAAACUGGACAAUAUGUCUCUUCAUAUACUUUGUUCAAAAUCAGUUAAAAUAGAAGCACUAAAAUUAAGUAGAAAUACAUCAAUCUAUAUUUAUGCCUACUGUAUAUUAAAUAUUUUACCUAAAGAGAUUAACUUAUAUUUAUUUUUUAAAAAAUUAAAUGGGUCAUAGCUGAAAGGAACUGCAUUUUUGUAGUAAUACUAUGCUUAUGCUGAGAAGCAAGAGGGUCGUGAUCAAAAUAUUACCUAGUUUCAGGGUAUGUUACUUUAAAAAGAACAUGUUUUAUGUUAUCCUAACUUUUGGAAAAUUCACCAAGCCUGGUACAGAAAGAAAUGAACAACUUAUUGUAAUAACAUAUUAAAAAAUUUUGUAUUUUCAUCAAUUUUUGUUCUUAUGGGAAAAAAUACAUCACUCAUUAAAUAUGAAUGCUGCACAUGUUAGCAAUAGAAAUAUUGAUUUUUGUAACUUUGAUUGCACUUGCCUUAACUUUUCCACACAUAUAAACAAACACAAAUAACACACAGAGGGAAAAAAAGAGGAUUAAGGGAAAUAAAACCCACAAAAGUAGGCAAGUUUUAGAUUAUUUAAUGAAUAAUGACACAUGAGCAUAUUCAGUAGAAUCCUUGUAAAGAGCACAUGAUGCUGUAGGUUCGUUAAAGCACAAGGUGUACUUUGUCUAGAUUAAAAAAAAAAAAAACAACCACAAAACCAACCAAACAAAAAAAAACUUUUGGUGUGACUUUGCUUUAGGUUUAAAAAAGGUUGGAUGUUUAAAAAAAAAUCUUUAUUACUUGCAUAUGAAUAUUUUUGUAUAAUAAUAUAUGAAGAAGGUUUUAAAACAAAACAAAAAACCCUACUUGCUUUAUAGUGUGCAAAUUUUAGAGAAAAAUAAACAGGGUAUGUGUCCAGUUUGUAAAACAAUGUUCUCCUUUCAAGAUUACUCUUUCACUGGCUAAAUGCAAGGUUAUGACAACUUGAAAUACUUUUUUUGUGAACUGACAAAGAAAAAAUAAAGCAAUGUGAAUAAUUUGCGUAUGCAAACUUUUUUUAGAAGAAAUUGUUGCUAGUAGCAAUACAAAUUUAACAGUGUGAUAGGGAAGGCUUUGAAGAUUCCAGUUCAGUGAUUUGAGGAGAAGGACAUACUGAGCCAGAGCAUACGCACUGGAUAAGCUGGCACAGCUCCACUGGAGGCAAUGGAGCUGCUCCAGUUACACCAGCUGAGAAUCUGACCUUUUGCUUAAGAAUACUCUUAACAGUAAAUAUCCCUGCAUCAAUAUUUUCUUUCUUGUUGUUUCCUCUUGUUCUGCUGUUUUAUUUCUUAAGGAUAUUUACUUUAGGAUAUAUGUAUUUUUUUAUGUAUACUCUUUUUUCUUAAAAACACAAUGGAUUAUGGAUAUACUCAUAGUGAACCAGAUAGUGCAGUCUCAUAACUCUCCGAGGGAAAGGUUCUCUGUGUGUGUGUGGGAGUGGCACACACGUGUUUGAUUUAUUACAGCAUUGCUCAAGUUUUAUGACAGUUUAGCUCCACUGGAACCAUAGGGUGACAGAGGAAUAGAGUAACAUAGCAGGGAAUAACUUUUGGUAGUGUGUGUGUGUGGUGUGUGUGAGCAGCAUGGAAGACCCUAAUACAGGAACUAGGGGAACAGAAGUAGCUCAUAUCACAGCAAUGUUGCCAUUGCAUAAAUGAAAGCUAGCAAGGAAAUGUCAAAGAACGCAUUACUGAAAACCUGGAUGAAUUCUUUUCCUUUUUAAGUUUGCUGAAUAUGACAUCAUGCCUGGGUCAGGACAAAUUCCAUCCUUGGUUUUCUGAACGAACUGUAAACUCUGUGGUUCUCUUCUAAACUGCAGUGAUAUAAAUCAGGAAUGUCAUUAUCCAAGACAAUGGGUUUAUACUCACGUGAUACCAGUCAAGUGAACUGAAAUCAGCUUCUUUUUGGUUUCCCUGUCAAGACCCUCACCUUCUCAAGUUUUUAAACACUCAAGAAACACUUAACUUGUUUACACUCUUCCAUUAUUUUUUAAAGUUGUGUAUCCCCUCAGAUACCAGGGGAGUUGCUCCAAAUUUGAACCUCUGGGACACAAAAAUUUUGGGCCUUGCAAUAAGAGACAGGCAUCAGUGCACAGCAACUCGUACAAAGGUUGAUUUUAUGCCAUAGCAAGAGCUUAAGUUGUCAAAAAGGCUGGUGAUCUUCUAGCUCCAGAAACCCAGGCCAUAGACCACCAUGUGUCUCUGUAGCUCAUAAGUAUCACAAGACUUUUAAGACAUGACAACUGAAUCGGUUUACCUGCAGCAACUCAUAUUUAAAUGUAUUUUUAAUAUAACCACUGUAUUUUGCACUUGCAGUCUGGAGCCUGGAGUCAAGAUGAACUAUAUUACAAAAUAAUGUUUCUACAGACAGUCACCUUUUUGAUCUUGGAAGCUACCUGCUUCAUCUACUUCUCAUAAGAUUUUUAUCUUUGCUGUACAAAAUAUCAGUAAGAUCAUAUGAAUAAAUGAUCAUGGUUUCACCAAUAUCAACACAGUUCAUUGGCCUGGUGUGGUGGCAGGAAAUGCAUUUAGCAUUCAGUUAGACAUCAUAAGAGUCAUGAUUACUCAACUACCAGCAUGUGACAUGCACAGAAAUAUGGUAUCCACUGUAAAUUCAAAAAAUAUUUAUGUAUAUUUAGUUACAUUUUUUAAAUAUUGCUAUUUAACAGACAUUAAUAAAAAAAAAUUGAAGAACGCAA